AUGAUCCGAACGCAGACAAUCCAUCUUGAUUCAGAUCCUACUCUCUUCCUCCUCACUAUUGGUUCCUCAGUUGUCGUCGGAGUUACGAUAUUGAAAACCAGAAAAACUAGUAUCGUAGCCUCAAAUCGGAUUUAUUUUCAAGCUUUAUUUCUGCAUACACACAGCCAUCCGAAUCCUAAGCGGAGCAUCGGAUUCGGAGCACUACCGCCGCUGUUCUCUGCCGAUCAGGUUCCUGUCAUUAAAAGGUUUACUGGGGGAGGCACUGUUAUUGUUGAUCAGGGAACGGUAUUUGCCAGUCUGAUAUACAACAGGGAUGCUGUUCCUGGUGUACAUCCAUAUUCUCGCUCAAUAAUGUGUUGGAGUGGUUCGAUUUACUAUGAAGUGUAACAAGGAAUUGGUGAUUUCCAACUCCUUGAGAAUGAUUAUGUGUUUGGUAAUCUCAAAUUUGGUGGGGAUGCUCAGUCUCUAAUAAAAAAUUGAUGGAUACACCACAUGUCUUUUCUGUGGGAUUACGAAGCCAGGAAUAUGGCCUACCUGAAGCUACCGCCACAUGCUCCUGACUACCGAGCGGCAAGAGCCACAUGGAACUCAUAUGUCGAAUGAAGGACUACAUUUCAAGGUCAGCUUUUAUUGACAAACACAAUCAAGACCAUUGAUAACCAUUUCUCUCUUGUACCCGUAGAGUUGGACAUAGAUGUUGUAACUAGGGCUGUUAAUCAAACUGAGCUAUUCGUGUUUGGUUUGAGUUUGCCUCGG